AUGGUGCAUCUCAUGAGAGAGACCCUGGACCAGGGCGAGCUCACUGUCAAAAAACGUGAUCGCGAAUUUACCACCUUUCUUGACCUGAAGCAGGAGUAUCACCAUGAGUUCAUCAACCGUCUUCGCGAGUAUGUCCAGAACUUCGGGCCGGACUGGGUCCUGCUUGAGCAGUCCGAAGACGAGCGCGAAUCCUGCGCGAAGGACUUCGUGGAAGCCUGGGGCAAUCUGUACUGGGGCACCGAGACCAAUCGCCAGACGCACCUGCUUCAAGAUUCGUUGGACGAACCCGAAUCUCUCUGUGUGUACCCUGAGCGCAAGAUCGAGAUCAUCGAGGCCGUGACUAUUUUGCUGGAGCGGAAGGCCAGAAGUAUCUUGAAAGGCCAGACCAGACAGUCGUUGGAGUCAGUCAACACCCCCUCUGCGCCCAACAUCCGACCUGCCGCGCCUAGCAGCGCUCCCCAGCCCGCCAUCCGCAAGAUGAAGAGAAAGAAGGUCGAGCGUCGCAGCGAGUCUCCCUCGUCUGACGACGAAUUCCGGCGUCACAGCGCUCGCAAAACUACCGAGCCUGCGCAGCCCAUCCGCCCCUUCAACUCGAUCGUCGUCAGCCCCAGCCCCGAGAGAGAAAUCCCCGAACGGAGCAAGCCGACUGCCCGACUUCAAGCGAACACCCAGGACCUCACCACCUUCAGCACCCCCACUACCGCCAGCACUGGUAAUGGUAGCAGCUCUGCCAUGAGCGCGCAGACCCACUUCCUGGUGACUGCCUUUUACCAGCAGGUUAUGUCGCCGAUCUGGCUCCCAUACAAGAAGUUCACGUCGUCGGCGUCCUUCCUGUCGCACAUGUUCAGUGAAGGCACCCUGAAGAACUGGGAUAGCGGCGCCUACGCGCAGAAGGAAGGGGUGGCCUCGGUGAAGUUUGGCUGGUCCGAUUUCGAGAUCCUCAUUCGUCCAGGCCAUAACCAGGAUUUGGCUAUGCUCAUGGAGCGGCUGGAGAAGGCCUGGCAGGACAGCGAGGUCAGCAUGGAUAGCAACUUCUACGAUGGCUUCAAGGUCCUUGUGUUCCUUCAUGUUAAGAAGUGA